UUUAUCUAAAAGUAGUUUGAACGGUUUUUAUACAUAGCUCCUCCUCCUUCACAGAGAACAGACUAGCGCAAGUCACUUGAACCUUAACGUCAUAUAAUUUACUCCUAAUAUAUCAAUUUUAAAGUAAAAUAAGAAAAUCAAAUAUAGGUAAUGUAAUUAAUGUUAACUGUGAAGUAAUCAUCUAAUAAUGAGACUUAACCUAAUUUUCAUUUACAAGCAUAUUAACGUGUGACAAGCAAUUUGCAGGAUGUAGAGGUCGUGUACAAUUAGCGGGUCAAAAGAUAGAGGUGCCAUGAUAUAAGAGGCGGAGGUUCAACCUUAAUUAAUAUCACUCUGUCUACCAACCACAUACGAAAAUUACCUUCAAUUACUUGUUUAAAUGGAAUUAAUUAUAGUACAAUUUGCAUUUCUCUUUACCACCUUGUGUGCGUCAGAUGUUAAUUACUGUCCGGACUUGAAACCUACUCAUGAUUUUGAUAUAGAUGAACUGUUGGGAAUGUGGUAUUUACGUGAAUACAUAUUCCAUAAAGAUAAUAGAAUAAUAACGGAAUACAAUCCUUAUUGUCCUAUAAUACAGUUAAGAAAGUUUGAAGAUUAUAUACAAGGUGGUUUGAUUAAUCGUAACUUACCCACGCCGCCUACAUCAUACCUCCCGUUAACAAAUUCUCCGUACGUGAGCCGCACGUAUGGCCUACCCGAGCAGUACCGCAUCCGACACUUCGUGCUCGAAUGGAACGAGGGUCUCUGGAGAGAUGAGUACCACAUCAAGGUGAACACGUCGCAUAAAGGUUUCUGGCCCACAGACGUGCCUAAUAGAUCGGUUGAGAAAAUGUACCGGUUCUUCGGUGGAGUAAUACAAGUAUUGAAAGUAGCGAAGACUCACUUGGUAUUGAACUUCUGCAUGCGUCUACCCCAUUCCCAACUGUACAGCGUCGUGUUGUCCAGAAACGAGAACCAGCUGACACCUGAGGACCUCGCCAGUAUUCACAACAUUUUCACCCUCAAACAUCUAUCUACGUCCGCUUUGAAACGCGUCUGUGAAAAUUCCGCAACAAAUAUUCAAUUAACUGGGACUUUGUUUGUCAUUGUGGCAUUUCUAUUGGCAAAAUCUUGAUCAUCGUAGUAUUAUUAUGUAGUUUUUUUUGUUUUACGCUGAUGUAAUUUGAGAGUAAAUUACUUAU